AUGUCAGAGGAGUCGGCCACAGUGAAGAAAAGCAGCAGAGAAAUGGCGGUGGAAAAGUUUGGGACGUCUGUCCUAGGAUCAGUUUGUGCCCUGCUCCUGCUGCUGAGGGAGCCUGCAUGCCUGGGAGAUGAGGUUACCUCCAGCACAGUGAACCCGUGCUGCUAUUUCCCUUGCCAGAACUGGGGUGUGUGUGUCAGGUAUGCUGAGGACAAGUACGAGUGUGACUGCACCCGCACCGGCUUCCAAGGAGAAAACUGCACCGUCCCCGAGUUUUGGACCAGAGUGCGUCUGUUCAUCAAGCCCAGCCCAGAUGUGAUGCAUUAUAUUCUCACCCAUUUCCAUUGGCUCUGGGACAUCAUCAAUAACACCUUCCUGCGGGAGGUCCUUAUGCGGCUGGUCCUCACAGUCAGGGCCAACUUAAUACCCAGCCCUCCAACCUACAACUCAAAGUACGGCUACCUCAACUGGGAAUCCUACUAUAACGUGAGCUACUACACUCGGCUGCUGCCCCCUGUACCAGAGGAUUGUCCUACACCUAUGGGGGUCAAAGGCAAGGCUUUGCUGCCUGACCCUGAGCUGCUUGUGGAGAAGCUGCUGAAGAGAAGGACGUUCAGACCCGACCCCCAGGGCUCCAACCUCAUGUUCGCUUUCUUCGCACAGCACUUCACCCACCAGUUCUUUAAGACCUACAACCGCAUGGGCCUGGGCUUCACUAAGGCUCUCGCGCAUGGGGUGGAUGCAGGGCACAUUUACGGAGACAAUCUGGAUCGUCAGCUGAAGCUCAGGCUUCAUAAAGAUGGAAAGCUCAAGUAUCAGUUAAUUGACGGCGAGCUAUACCCUCCUACUGUAGCUGAUGCACCAGUGAGGAUGAACUACCCCCCCGGGGUCCCCCCUGAGCAUCAGAUAGCAAUUGGUCAGGAAGUGUAUGGACUCCUCCCUGGUUUGGGAAUGUUCGCCACACUGUGGCUGAGAGAACAUAACCGAGUCUGUGAAAUCCUGAAGGCGGAACAUCCCACCUGGGAUGACGAGCAGCUGUUCCAGACCUCACGUCUCAUCAUCAUCGGUGAGACCAUCAAAAUCGUGAUAGAGGAGUACGUGCAGCACCUCAGUGGAUACCUGCUGAAGCUGAAGUUCGAUCCCACCAUGCUGUUUAGCUCCCAGUUUCAGUACAGCAACCGCAUUGCUCUGGAGUUCAGCCAGCUCUACCACUGGCACCCCUUGAUGCCCGACAGCUUCUUCAUUAAUGGAGACGAGCUGUUGUAUCCACAGUUCCUCUUCAACACGUCUGUCCUCACACACUACGGCGUCGAGAAGCUGGUGGAUUCUUUCUCUCGGCAGGUUGCCGGACAGAUCGGCGGCGGCCAUAACAUCAAUGCUGUGGUGACCAGAGUGGCAGUGGGAGCCAUAAAGGAGUCCCGCCAACUCCGCAUUCAGUCCUUCAACGAGUACAGGAAGCGUUUCAACCUGAAACCGUACACGUCCUUCAGACAAUUCAAUGAUAAUGAAGAGAUAGCCAGUCUGCUUGAAGAAUACUACGGGGACAUCGAUGCUCUCGAAUUUUAUCCCGGCUUGAUGUUGGAGAGAACACGACAGAACAGCAUAUUUGGAGAGAGCAUGGUGGAGAUGGGUGCCCCCUUCUCCCUCAAGGGGCUUCUGGGAAACCCCUUAUGUUCCCCAAAUUACUGGAAGCCCAGCACCUUCGGAGGCAGCGUGGGCUUUGACAUAGUGAACUCUGCCACGCUAAAGAAGCUGGUCUGCCUGAAUACCAGGACGUGUCCUUAUGUGGCAUUUAGAGUUCCGACAGAGGAGAAAAGUGACAGUAAAGUAUCUGAUGAACUAUGACAGACACCAGACGUAGAGCAAACAUAAAGAUAGAAGAGGCUGCUGCUAAAACACAAACAAGCUUUGGAGAUGCUUUGCGUGGAGAACUUACAGUAAUGCUUGUUUGAUCAACACUGGAGAAACACAAGGGACACAGACACACAUAGGCAUUUGAUUUGUGUUAGAUGGUUAGUGUCUGAAAGCUGAAAUACUAUCAUCACUAUGUGUUCACACUGUCCAUUCACAUACAUUUGUACCGUCUGUAAGUUUAUUUGAA